AUGGAUUAUUGUAAUCUGAAAAGAUUAGAAGAUUUAACAAAAUGUGAAAUUAAGUUUGAAAAUGAUCAAGACAACGUAAAUAAUAAAUAUGGAAAAAUUGAUUGGGUUAUAACACAUAAAGAUCAAGAUGUUCAUAACUUCGUGCGACGUCUAAUUGUCAAACUUGCUGAAAUAGUUCAAUUGAAAAUCGAACAAUUCGAAAGUAGUACUGUGCUAGAAACAUCACCAGCACAUCACUCUCUUUCAGAAGAACCGAUUAAGCACCUAAUUAACUACAGAAAACGAGAGCACACAGAAUCUUUAAGGAUUUCGGCGCUUAUCAGUAGUGUUCACAUUCACACAGGUAUUGCAUCCGGUCUUGUUUGUUAUGUAUGUCAGGGUUGUCCAGAACCAUUCGAUUAUCAAACAAACGCCAAUAACUCUUGUCCCGGUCCAUGUAUGAAAAUAAGGACUUACGUACCUACAAUGGGAAGUUACGUUUAUAAAGCGUGUACAACAACAUGUACACCACACCAGCGAUAUUUUGGUUUUGGACGUUUAACCGUAAACUGUUGCAGCGAUGCUGAUGGUUGUAAUUCUACAACACAAUUGUACAAUCAACGAAGAAACAAAGCAACGGCAAAGUGUGAAAUACAUAAUCACUACAGUCCACCAGAUGAGGAUUAUAUUUGGAACAAUAAAUUAUCUGAUGGUGUUCUAACUGCAGUUCAAAGUAAACAAUUUCAUUCAUGUUCUAAUAUCAUAAAAUUUGUUUUUAAGGAUUUAAAUUCUGAUUGGGAUGAAUUCAACGAUGAUAUUGAAACGUCGAUUGCUAAACAACCAAAUAAACAAUUAGUUCCACAAAGAGAAAUAGAAGAUGAGUCAAAAACGGUUCUGAAACAAUCAUUCGAUUUUGAUAGAAAACUCACCAAAGACAAGUCAUCAAAUACAUUUUUAGAACAAUUUUCUUCAUUAAGUUCGACAACAUGCAUUACACCGUCUCAAACUCACAGAGAUGAUAAAUCUUAUAUGACUGCUCAAUCUGAUCUUAAUGGAGAUGAAAAACGAUGGUAUGAUCCUGUCUGCAAAUUAGUCAGGAAAUAUACGUCCUUUUUUAGCAAAGAAAAGAGCAAAACGACAAUGGUUACAUCAGACACUGUUUGCCUUUCCGUUGGAGAGAGAUUUCAUAGUACACUUGAGUCGGAUAUCUUGAAAAUAUCAGACGAAAAUCAAGAGAUAAAUUUUAACCGAAUUAAACGUUCGCAGAAUUUGAAACGAGAAUUGCUGACAACGCUUUCUAACAUAAAUAACACUCAUGCCCAAUAUAACACUGAAAGACAUUUCUUAAUUAAUAUGUAUACUGUAUCAGAUGACGAUGUACAAAUAAAUACUAGAGAAGGAAGAACAUCGGAAUGUGAAGAACUAAUACGACUUGGUGCUGAUAUUAAUGAAACUGAUGAUUUCGGUAAUACACCGGUGUGGACUUCAUAUUUUCAUGAACAUCUUGAAACAUUGUUUACACUCUUACAAUUAGGAGCGGACACAAAUACGAGAAGUGGAGAUUCAAUGGCAUCUGAUUUACACAGGGCAUGCGCAUUAGGAGAUCGAACAUUAAUUGAAAUUCUUGUCGAAUGCAAUGCCAAUGUUAAUUUAACUGAUUUAUACGGAAAAACACCACUGAUAUAUUCAUUAGAAUAUCCAUCAUCCAACUACACAUUUGAAUUAGUGUCCUAUUUAGUUAGUCGUGGUGCUCAUAUAAAUCAUAGUGAUCUAUCAAAAUUGACUCCGUUACAUUAUGCCUGUUACAGAGGCGAUCCAGCAGCUGUUCAAUUUUUGAUCAAAAAUGGAGCAGAUUUAACAGCAGCCAAUUCAUUGGGCUAUACCCCUCUUCGUUACGCACUCAGUUGUUUGUCUUAUUCGUCACCAUUACAACAUGAACUGUACACAAACCGUUUAAAUAUUUGUGAAAUUCUCAUUAACAGUUUUCCAUUAGAUUGUCUUGGAAAUGCCAUCAUAUGUAUUGAUACACCUCAAUUAUUUCCAUUAUUCGAUUUUUUAUUUUAUAGUUUAACGCAAAAUCGUCUGGAUCUUGAACAAUUGGCUUGGGACUCAAUAAUGAAAAUUCGAUGGUCAGAUGAUAAUGGUUUUCAAAUGGUAUCACAGAGUGUUUACGUUUAUAGUUACCAUUAUCAACAUGUUAUUUAUCUUGUACAACGAAUGGUAAUUGAAAAUUUUAUGAGUUUAAUGGCAUUUUAUGUUGAACGUGUAAUGUUCGACUCGAAACCAAAUCGAUUUCAUUUACUAUUAUAUUCGGUUUAUGUUGAUGAGGGCAUUCAUAUGCUCAAAUGGAUCUCCGAAUGCUUUGGUAUGUCAUUGUAUUAUCCACGACAGCAAGCAUUACAAGCUGCUUUAUAUAAAUGUCAAGAACAACCAGCUAAACUGAAAUUUUUCUGUCGAAGGAUUGUUAGACAACGCUUAAAAUAUGCUAUUCAUCGUAAUUUAGCAUCCUUAGAAUUGAGUAAAAAUAUUACUGAUUAUGCGCUAUUGGAUGAAUUAAAUGAUGGUUCGGGUAUAAAACUGGACAGUGUCGAUUAUUUAUGUUUAUUAAUUGGAGGAAAUACAUAA